UGCACCUAGGACUCUCUGUCUAGGCUGUUCACCCGCUGCGGGCGUGUCCAGUCUGUGGACAUUUGUGAGAAGCCAGAGCCGGGAGAGAAAAAAGAAAAACUCACGUCCAAAUUCUUCAACCGCAAAACUGUAACGGGAUUUCAAGUAGCAUAUGUGGUGUUCAGGAAACCAGCUGGUGUCCAGGCAGCCAAGGCCCUGUCACGGGAAGGUCCCUUGCUGAUAUCAACAGAGAGUCACCCUGUGAAAACUGGUAUUAGCAAGUGGAUCGACAGCUAUGCGGCCUCAGUUGUGGAUCAGGAAGAGCUGAAGGCUGAGGUGGACGCCUAUAUGCAAGACUAUGACAAAAAGAUAGAAGAGGAAGAAGCCAAAGCGGCCAAGGAGGAGGGCAUUCCAGAUGAGGAAGGCUGGGUGAAGGUAACACGGAAGGGCCGGAAGCCUGGCCUGCCCCGAACAGAGGCUGCCAACCUCCGGGUGCUGGAGAGGGAGAAGCAGAAAAGGGCACGCAAAGAGCUGCUCAACUUCUAUGCCUGGCAGCAUCGCGAGACUAAGAGAGAACACAUUGCCCAGUUGAGGAAGAAGUUUGAGGAGGACAAGCAGAGAAUCGCACUGAUGCGAGCCCAGCGCAAAUUUCGGCCUUACUAAGCCAUGCCGAGCUAUUUCCUCAGAUGCCUGUGCUGGAGAGGACAGGAGACAUGCCUGUGGCCUCCAUGUGCCAAAGGAUUUCAAGGAAUUUCAGCUUCUCCCUGCCCUUG